AUGGCACGCCCGCGACUGCUGGUGCUCUACGGUAGCGAGACGGGUACAGCUCAAGACGUGGCCGCGUUCGUGCAGCAACGCGCGUUCAACCGGCAGCUUCUGGACACGCAGAUGUACGCCAUGGACGCGUUUCCAGUGACGCGGGAGCUGCCUCAGUGCGCCACUGUUGUCUUUAUUGUGGCUACAACCGGGGACGGCGAAGUACCUGAGAACAUGCGCAACAGCUGGCGCGCGUUGUUGCAAAAGAAACUCGGGCGUGCGUGGCUGCAAGGCGUCCGCGUAGCAGUUUUCGGACUGGGCGAUUCGAGUUACGCCAAGUAUAAUGCCGCAGCGCGACGUUUGCACGCACGUUUGCUGCAGCUGGGCGCUCUUGAGCUCAUUGAGCGAGGACUAGGAGACGACCAGCACGCUUUUGGCUACUUUGGAGCGCUGAAUCCGUGGCUGGAGAAGCUCUGGACGGCGGUUUUGCAGCUGCAUCCGCUGCCGGCAGGACUGACAGUGGACGACUCGCCAAAGCCGAUGGAGCCUCGCUACACUGUCGUCCUGCAUGGCGCUGAGGAAAAAGAGGUGGAGAGUGCACGCAUGUUGACGCCAAGAACGGACGAGUCGGAUUUUUAUGCGCCGCCGCGCACGACAGUGGGGCGCGAGAAAGGUAUUUAUUGGGCUUCGGUUGUCGAGAACAAGCGAAUCACAGCUGAAGAUUGGGACCAAGAUGUGCGGCACGUGGAGCUUGACAUAAGCGACGGCGCUCAAGUGGGUUAUACGGCCGAGACUCCAUUCAGGGCUGGCGAUAUUGCAGUUGUGUAUCCUGAAAACGUAACGGAAGCCGACGACAUGCUCAAAUAUCUGGCGCUAGACGGCGACACUGUAAUUUCGAUCCAUGCUGCUGAUGGCUCGAAGCAGUUGGAUUUGCCUUCUCCAGUGUCUCUUUGUGAUCUAUUUUCCAAAUACUUGGCGAUUCUGGAAACUCCGCGGCGAAGCUUCUUCGAGAGGUUGUCGCUGUUCGCUACAAAUGAAGAGGAGAAAGAAAAGCUGAACGAGUUGGCGUCAGCUGAAGGUGUAGAUCUUCUCUACGACUACUGCAUUCGCGAGAAGAAGACGUACGCAGAGGCGCUGACGGACUUUCCUAGCGCAAAAGUGCCACUGCCUAUUCUACUACAGCUGAUCCCUCGUCAACAGCCCCGAUCGUACUCCAUCUCGUCGUCAGCCCUCCUCCAUCCCGGACAAGUUCACUUGACCGUGGCCAUUGUAGACUUCUUGACUCCGUACAGGCGCCGUCGACAUGGUAUUUGCUCGUCUUUUUUUAUGUCAUUGGACCCAUCCAAGAAGCAAAAGCGCGUUGCAAUGUGGAUCAAGCAGGGUCUCUUUGAGCCUCCUGGCCUUGAACGAGACAUGCUGCUUAUCGGUCCAGGAACUGGUUUAGCCAGCAUGCGGGCGAUGUUGCAGGAGCGACAAUACUUGCGAAACCAAGCGAGCGGCGCCAGCUCUGGGUCCAUGUGUCUCUACUUUGGAUGUCGCCACGAAAGCAAGGACUUUUUGUACGGAGACGAGUUGCGUGGACUCGUGGCAUCGGGCGAUCUCACCGAGCUGCAUACGGCGUUCUCACGUGAUCAGGAUCACAAAGUUUACGUACAAACGCGGCUUGCCGAGAACAAAGAAGCUGUCUUCAAUUACAUCAUGCACGGCGAAGGCUGCAUCUACAUUGCAGGCUCGGCCAAACGAAUGCCAACUGACGUGUACGCGGUGCUGCGAGAUAUUUUGCGCGCCGUCGGCAAUGUAUCACUAUCAAGUGCAGAAACGAUCAUGAAGACGUUGGUUCGCAAGAAGCGCUACGUCGUGGAGUCGUGGUCAUAG